ACGUUUUUUAAGGGGGGCAUCUUUCCCCAAUAUAUUCCACAAAAUUGAAACCGUAGAAACCAAAUGUUAUUUUAAAUAUAGAAUACGGUAUAGUAAAUUAUUCUGUAUCCAUCUUCGUCAGAGUACAGUACAGAAUCUACAGCAGUAGAUGGCAGUAUGUUACAGUUGGAUUGCAACCCCCAGUUAAUUCACAGAAGAACACGAAGAAGAAGCCGGAACCGCUCUCUGGCCCACUGUAAUUACGCCAAAGUCGAAAUUCGAUCAUAAUUUUUCUUCCCCUACUCGAUUUAGGCCACUUAGUGAACUGAACAGUCAGUGUUAUCUAGUGAUGGAUUACGGACGGAGCUAAUGUUCACCGGAAUACAGCACCCAGUUAUUGUGGAAACCCUGACAAGAAGAGAUGACGGAAGGCACUGACGAUUUACAUUGAGAAGGAUUUGACAUCCUGUUCGUGUGCCAAUGAUGCGCCGUCAUUGGUUGCUGGUUGGUGCUUGUGGCUGGGUGCUACUUAUCCUUAUGUUCGUCAGCAAGUUCAUCAACUUCAGCUUCAGAAUACCAGACUAUGCAGAGAGGACAGAGAUGUUUGUUUGGACCUUGCCAUCUGUUACGAUGAAUCUACAGUGGCCAGACAAGGGAGCAUCGCAGCCAUAUAUACUGUCCUCAGUUGGUCCCUCUUUGGUGGAGCCCACAAACUGGCAGUCAGUGAAUGAGAAGCGUCUGGAGCUGUUAGCAACUGUUUGCAGAAAUUCAUCUCUGUGGAACCUCACCCACACAACUGUGGGCAAGUUUGUGUUGGACCGCAUUUUUGUGUGUGACAAGCACAAAAUACUCUUCUGUCAGACACCCAAAGUUGGAAAUACACAAUGGAAGAAGGUUCUAAUUGUCUUGAAUGGAAAGUUCUCAAAAGUUGAAGAUAUACCAGAGAACCUGGUUCACGAUCAUGAAAGAAAUGGUUUACCCCGCCUGUCCUCUAUGACGGACACAGAAAUUCAUCAAAGGUUAAAUUCCUAUUUCAAGUUCUUUAUUGUGAGAGACCCAUUUGAGCGUCUCAUAUCUGCUUUCAAGGACAAGUUUGUGAAGAACCCAAGAUUUGAACCUUGGUACAAACAUGACAUUGCCCCAGCCAUCAUUCGUAAAUAUCGCAAGAGUCACCAUGAUGAUAGUGGAAAAGUGGGUCUUCAGUUUGAAGACUUUGUACGGUACUUGGGUGACAAGUCAGGCCGACAGCACUUGGAUAGGCAGUUUGGUGACCACAUUAUUCACUGGAUGACAUAUGCUGAACUGUGUGCUCCUUGUGAUAUCCCCUACAAUGUUGUGGGACACCAUGAGACUCUGGAGCAUGAUGCUCCUUAUAUUCUAAAAGCUGCUGGUAUUUCUGACCUGGUGUCAUACCCAAAUAUCCCACCAGGGAUAACCCGCUACAACCACACCAAAGUGGAACGCUAUUUUACUGGAAUCAGCCAACGAGAUGUUCGUCGACUCUACGCUCGCUACCAGGGAGACUUCAGCCUGUUUGAUUACCAGAGACCUGCCUUCCUAGUGGGCUGACAUUGAGAUUUCCUGACUCCAUUAUAUAUAUAUAUAUAUAUAUAUAUAUAUAUAUAUAUAUAUAUAUAGAGAGAGAGAGAGAGAGAGAGAGAGAGAGAGAGAGAGAGAGAGAGAGAUAGAUAGAUAGAUAGAUAGAUAGAUAGAUAGAUAGAUAGAUAGAUGUGUUGUUCUUUUGCACUGAUCUGAGACUUAAUUAGUUACUAUACACAUAAUAGUAUGUUUGAAGACAUUCAUGUGUGGAUUUGGGUUGGUCCGGAAUCUGCACUAGAGAGUAAAUUUUAAGAUGAAUUACUAAGAUCAAACAGUGCAUAAUUAAAGUUUAUAUUUUAUUUUAUUUUUAUUUGGUAAUAUCUGUAUUUACCAUACAAUAAUUAAGUGCCAUAAUAUUAUUUUGAAAAGUUUUAUAAAAAAGUUUAUUUAAGACAGUGAAUUAGGUAAAACUGUAAACCAGUUUACUAUGGAUUCAUUUUCUAAAAUACUGUCUUCUCUAUCCUUUCUACUUAAGGGAUUGUAGUACUCAAGGAUCCUAAAAGACAAUUUAAUAAAUCUUACAGUUUUGAUCUUAA